AUGAACAAAGCGACCUGGGUGAUAGCCAUCGACAUAGCCUGUGAGUUUGUCCCCUUCACCGACAUCCUCAGCGACGUCAUCUUGUUAAUAGCGGUCUGGCCGAGGACAGCGGUGAUCGCCCCUGACGAUGUCGAAGGCUGCGGGGAAAGGGCGCUCUGGUAUCUAGCCCUGUCCUUCACCGUGGUCGGCACGCUGGUCGACCUCUUCCCCGAGAUGUUGCUCGUCUCGGAGAUAGCGCUUCACCCCUCGGUCCUGACGUCGCCGGGCUCGAUGGGGACCCUCCUGCGCCUCGUCUUCAGCGACGGAAAGCCGGUGGUCGUGUUCGCGGCUACCGAGGAGUUCGAGAAGCCGCUGGCCCCGCCGCUGCUGGCCAUCCGGGACUCGCUCCGGCGGCGGCUGUCGUCGGUGGCGACCGCGUUUUUCCUUCGCGACGGCUGCGGGGCGAGUUCGCCGAAGUGGACCUACGCCGGGCUCGUCGGAGUCCUCGUCGGGGGCGAGCUCCUGACGGCCAUCGGCGCCUGCCUGUUCCUGCGCAUCGAGUUCGGGUGGCCGGCGCUGAUCUCCCUCUUGGCGAGCCUGCUGGCGCUGCUGAUCUCGGUGCGCUGCCACAUGCGGCGGGUCGGGGAGAAAACGCUGCACCUGUGCCACGAGUCGGCGACGGGGAACGGCGGCAGGCUGUUCGAGUUCCUGCUCCCCGGGCCGGUGACGCUGACCCGCUUCCUUCUCGCGGUGCCGGUCUGGCCCAUGCUCCUCGUUUACUCGGAGGGGGCGUCCUUCUGGCCGUUCAGCAUGGCGAGCAGGGGGGACCACUCCCUGCCGCCGUCGGAGGAUUCGCUGUGGGCUAACCCUUGGGACUGGUUCAGGGUCGCCGUGCCUUCGCUCUCUCGGUCGGACAACGACAGCCCGCUGAGCUACGUGUACUGGGCGAUCGUACCGCACCUGCUGUGGACCCUCGUUUCCGCGGUUUGGGUAGGCCUCCUCGGCGCCGCCAAUCUGGUCUGCUGGUACUUCGGGCACGCAGAGGACUGGUCGGCGCACUCGUGGGGCGUGUACUUCUCGAGCCAGGAGUCACCCUUCAGCGUCUGGUCGGCCCGGCUGCAGUCGGCGCUGGGGAUGGGCUUCACCGCGUGGGCCGCCAGGGAGUUCCGACGGCUGCUGGCUUUCUCGGCGGCGCUGGCGGCGGUGGUGGUCCAGGGGUACCGGCGGGGCGCCUGCCUGGAGCAGGAGUGGGCGUUCGUGUUCGCCGUGGCCGCGUGGUGGAUCGCCGUGCUCAUCGGCCACGCCGCCCGGAAGAAGAACAUGUUCAAGCCGCUCAACGAGGCCGCCGGCCCCGCCGUGGCGGACCGCUGGUGACGGGCGAGGAGGCGUGUUUUUGAGGGGCUGGCGGCGGCGGCAUCUGCGGGGGCGGAGGCCAGCCGGUAGUCCGGGGGGGGGGGGGGGGGGGGGUCUCAGCGGCACAGCGUUUGAGAAACCCUUUGCGCGUGUUUUUUAUUUUAUUUUAUUUUUGCCUGCCUGCCUGCCUGCCUGCCUGCCUGCCGAGUUUCCAGGAUAUAAUGGUGUGUUGCUUCGGCCGUGUUUUUAAUUGUUUUGUUGUCGACUGUUUUUUAGCUAGUUUUUGCCAGGAAAAUCUCGAGAGGUUGUGGUGGUCUGACCACGGCUCUACCGCAGGCGAAGGGAUCUAGGGGUCGGAGCUGAUAUUUGUAUGUAGCUUUUUCUUUGGGGUACGAUCUAAUCGUUUUCCUGUGUCUGACUGUGUCUGACGGCAGGUUUGGUCAGCAGGAUUGAAAGGCCGGGCGGAAGGCCGGUCAUGCUGCGUUUUGCUUGCCGUCCAACAUGCAGCCAGCGUAGCGAGGUAGAUGCCAAGCAGCUACCCUCUGCUGCUGUCGCUGCUGCUGUUUUGUGCUAUAAUUUUUCUAGUUAUUUUUUUUUUGUGGUGUCUGACUGACGUGUUUCACGGAACGUUUUCGUGUUGAUGGGUGUUUUCUACAACUCGCGGGCAUACUCUUUAGCUCGAGGCCAUGUUGCGGUGUUCGCUUAAGGGCAUCUUGAUCUUGCCAUCAUAAACCUCUUCGGGUUUGUGAGAAUCGCGGGGAAAUGUUGCCAGCCCAUGCUCUCAUGGCCAUCGCCCACCCGUUAUUAGACUUAUAAGCUGCGGUACAAGCCUAAUUAUUGGGAAAGGUACCAGCAGCGAUUGCGGGACAUGAGAGAGGGGGCUUGUGGAAGCUUCCAGUCUUUGUAAAAACAAUGUUGAUUUACCGUUUCGGGGGGAAAUGUUGCACGGGUGAACCUUGCUGGUGCUGGUGCUAGUGGUGGUGCUAGUGGUGCCACCAAGUGUUGUGUUGGGUCAAGGUGACGAUCCCUCCUCGAGGGCAGGCUCGGCCGUAGAAAGAAGUAUUCUGCUGUACGCGGUCCGCGGGUAGGUCCAUGUAGUAGGGGAAUGCCCUGGUUGGUUUUUGAGUGAAUCAAUGGUUGGUUGUGUUUUUUCGGGGGUUGAUGCGUUGUUUUUGAACCGCGUUGUUUAUUUUGCAAGCAGUUCUUGUCACUGCUUUCGCAUCAAUUUUACCUGCUUGGUUGUUGUCGAUGUUGGCUGUGGUCUGUUGAAAGUGAAGUGUAGAGGCAUCAUGUGCGCAUGCGGGACUUACUUUUUUUUUUCUUGUGCGAAUGUGUGUGCAGCAGAAUAUUGCUGCAAGGGUCCACUUAGGUACAUUAUUAUAGUAUUUAAUUGUUGUGUGCUUGAUGGUAUGUUGACUAUACGGGGGGCAGUGUUGUGGUGGUGCUGUGCAGUACAUGCCUAGAAGGCUCAAGCAAGUCCCCUACAGAGAAAGAGCUGGCAUCGCGGAGUGUUUCGGGCGUGUGCUUCAAGCACCGCCGUGGCUGUGGAGGGCCUGGUGCACAUCAUCACACGACGAGCGUCUUUAAUUUUGCCCGGUCUUGUUUUUUCCCGUUCCGUGCCGUGAACGGGUGCCUUGGACGACAAAGUCGGGGUCCAAGCCAGGGAAGGAGAUAGUAUUAAGGCGGCAGGAUAAAAAUGGUGCAAUUAUAUAUUAAUUUCU